CUCUAUAGUCGAUCUAUAUACCCACCCCGUACAAGAUCCACCUUUGUUCGGUAUUCUCUAGCACAAUUUGAAGAGUUUGGUGGCACAAUAACUAAGAACUUUAUAAACAAAGCACUAUGAAAAUUGGCACAGUCUAGUUAGGGUGUACAUGGGUCGGGUGGAUCAUUUUUGUCCAAUUUUAUAACCCAAACGGUCACUAAAUGUUUUACUGGCCCUGGGGUGAAAGUGAAGCAUUUUUUCCUACUUUUUUUUAAUAAGCUUUUAUACCCCUUGUUCAACCCGAAUUUUAAAUCUGAUGAUUGUUUCCUUGUUCAGAAUGAAAACGGGCAGUGCUUAUCCGCUUCCGUUAACGAUUAGGGUUUUCCUGAAUAGAGCUAAACAUUGAACGCGGUGUUUGUUCAUUAAGGCAAAAACAACUGGUUUCCAGGUCUCACAUGACCCCCAAGAAUGAGACAAACCGAAACCCUAAUCCUCCUACACUACGAGAAAAGAGAGUGGCCUUAGCGGAAGAUCACAAUCCGAACAUCAUUUUUUUUUUCAAUUGUGGUUCAUUAAGAAUGCAAUGGGCAAGCCCAAAGGUAAAGAUACAAAAAUAAGGGAUCGUGGGUUAAAGAUAAAUCCUGCAAAGAGUAAGAAUUGAAAUGCGGAAUGAAAAAAAGGUGAGAAUAAUAAACUCAUACUUGAUUAUGUUACCCAACUACUUAUAGCAUGACUAUGUAUUAUGUUACACAUAAUUUGAACAUUCUAUACAAGAAUAUCUUUCAUAACUGUUCGAUGGAUUACACACGAAGUUGAACAAGGUGAAAGAUAAGAGAGAGGUACUUGAUGCAGAAAAGUUUGUUGGGACUGAAAAAAAAAUCUAAAAAAUAGAGUGAAAGAACUUGGAUUCUUCUCCAAACUCUCGGUAUAAAAAUCAAAAGAAAAGGAAAAAAAAAAAAAAUAGUAGGCAAUGGAAAAAUGUAGAUGAGAAAACCGAUAAAGAAAUAAAUAGUUGGAUUCUUCUCUCUUUGUCCAUUUGCAACUAAAAAUAGGAAAACAACUAGUGGCAAUAUGUGAUUGACAAUAAAAAGAUUAAAAAGUAAAGACAAAAUACAAAAUAAAAAGUAUAACGCACCACAUUUUAUUAGUUAUUUCUAUCUUUUAUAGACAAUACACUUAUAUACAUUAUAUUUAUUAUAUAAAUUGAGCUAAUUGGCCAUUUUGUGGAGUUUUUAAUCAUCCUAUGGUCCCCAAGAUAAAAAUAAAUUGUUCCAAAAAAUGUUCUUUCUUAAAUUUAAUAUUUUUGCUCCUCUUUUUUGUGUCAAAUAAUAACCAUGAUACCCUAGCUAGUUGAGAAUAAGAAAGGAUUUUGGGGAUCAACAAGAAGCAACAGAGCAAUCUACUCUGAUAUGUUUUUUCAUUCAAAAUCAGGCGAAAACAAAUCAAUACAACCAAAAAGGGUAAAUGCCAUAUUUGGUCACUAAGAUUACUAAAUCGUGUCAUGUUUAGUCACUAGAAAAAUUUGAUAUCAAUUUUGGUCACUUGAAUUACUGAAAGAGGUCAUAUCUUCAGGGUGGCGGCGGCGGUUGGAUUUUCAGGGCGGUAUGGAGGUUUGUGACGGUAGGAAGAAGAAGAUGAAGGGGACAGAUCCCUCUUAUUAUUAUUAUUUUUUUGUCCCGAAAGGAGAAGGAGAUGGAGAAGAGAUCAUUAAAAUUAAAUGAAAUAACAUAAAAAAUUACUUUAAAUUGUGACAUGGCUGCCAUGUGGCAUGGUAAGAUCGAUGUGGACAUGAUGUGUCGUCUAGAUGGCAUUCACAUAAGUCUAACAUCCAUUUCACUAACAGAAUAGUUGACGGUGUUAAAGUAUUUGACGGAAAUGGCUAAAUUAGUCCAAUAAGUUUUAAAAAUGUGGUUAAAAGUGGUAUUUCUUCAAAUUUGACUAUUAUUGACACAAACAUGAAAGUUUUUGGCUAUAGAACUGUAUUUUGCCCUUUACUUUUUGAUGACUAAUGCAUUGUUAGUUUCUCUUUUUCUAGUCCUUCCGAGUCGAUUAUGUUAUGUCUGGUAACUAAUUAACUAUACAUUUGGUGACUAGCAAAUGGUAAAGCUUCCACAGUAAAAACUCCCUUGGUAAAUAAAUACAGCAAAAUAUAAAAAUCUCAGGUAAGUCUCAUCCGAGUAAGACUAUGGUGGGCAAAGACGGCAGGGCCCAGUAAAGCUAACAGGCUCAUUCAGGUCCAUGUCUCUAGUGAUAAAGCCCAUCUAUGGCCCAAAUUCUAUUCUUACCCAAACCUCAAAACUUACAUACAAAUUGCAGACCGGGUCAGUUCGGUCACCAGUUCUCGACCCUGCCGUUUCGGCAGGUGAAGCUCAUUGAUCAGUGUACAGCUGGUCUUGGGUUCGAUUACUGGUACCUCCUUCUUCUUCUUCUUCUUCCUUGAACAAGCAAGCAACAGCAACAACAAGCUUGAGGCUCAUGUUUGUAUCUGCCAGAUAACAGAGAUGGAUGGAUAUAUAGAUAGAUAGAUAGAUGCAUGCAUGAGCCCAUCAAAAAGAGGUAUUCUAAAAUACCUUCCUUUUCCCACUUUUCAUAGUUUUUAACUUUCCCCUACUUUGGAAGGCCAUCAGGCCAUGGUGUAAUUAGAUUAAGAAGCAAAGCAAUGUUCAGCAGAGAGAGGCACAGUGGGUUCUAGCUUCUAGUUCAUUGAGCAGAGAGUGCUUCAUAGCUGCGACCUUGAGAACACACAAGUUUGCAGUUUACGCACCAAGAACAAACCAGUGGGAUGAAAACGAUGGUAUUCAUUUUGCUCUAGUACUAUCUCUCUAUUACGGGUUCAAUCAAAUCGAACAAGAAUUUCUCAAUGCAAGUCGAACUUAAUAUAUACUGAAUUAAAAAAAAUCAUAUCAUUAUGAACUUAUUAAUAACCUUUUUUUUGUUGUAUACUCGAUAGUUUAAUCCAACUCCGCAACUCGAGUAGAACAAAUCAGAAGAUGGUAACAAAUUCCACUAUCUUUAAAUCUCUAAAAAAAUUCAUCAAACCGGAUGAUGAGUGAACUUACCAACAUGCUUACACUGCACGAAUUAAAAUGACAUUCUGAAUGAGUAAAGACCAUGUUGGACUAACUCCGAACUCGAACAUUACAAAUAGCCGUUAUCCAACUUAAAUCCACCUAGCGGUAAGGAUAUAUAUGAUCACAAUAACUUUCUCCAUAAGUCAUUACUAUUCUUAAUCUAUUCGGCAUUACGAAUGUGUAUUAGAAAUUAUGAUGAAUUAGUGUCUCCUUUUUCAUCAAUUUUUUUUUAAUUUUACGAAUCACAUGACAAAAAUUAGCGUACAUCUGACCUAUGAUAUAUAACUGUGUUCAUACCUACUAAAUAUAACAAUCACAAAUAUACUUUGACAAUCACAACUAGGGUCAUAUGUCGCUGGGAUGGGGCUACCAGGCAGGGGGCUCCCUCGGCUGGGGGUAUGGUUCUUAUGACCUCAUCCCAGGAGGUAAUUCUGGCUAGGGGAUUCAGUUUCCUGGCCUUGGUGAUCCUAUGGUCAUUGAAUUACUAACCCUUCGGGAGGCGAUUGGCUGGUGCUUGGGGCUAGGGUUCACGGAGGUGAGGUUUGAAGGAGAUGCCAAAGUGAUUAUUGACAAGAUUAUUUCGCGGCAGGCUAGUGAUAACCGGGUGGGAGCUAUUCUAGAAGAAGUUUUACAUUAUUUUCUCUCGCAUCCGGGGUUAGCUGUGCGGUUUAUAGGUCGGAGUAACAAUAGGGUAGCCCAUAGGGUGGCUAGGAAGACCCUUUCUCUGUCUCCGACUAUGAACUGUGUUUUUUUAUUUUCAGGCCUGGCUGUUUUCCAGGAUGUAAUUAACUCUCUUUGAUUCAAUAUAUGAAUACCUUUUGUAAAAAAAAAAAAAAAAAAUCACAACUACGUUUUUUUUUAAUAGAUAAUGAUCUAAAUAGCUGAAUUCGGUAGGCAUACCAAAAAAAAAUUAGCGCAGGCCUCUCAAAUCUAAACCAUAUAUAAUAUCUAUUUUGAGCCCUCUACUUUUGGGCUUUAAACCAAGAAGAUAAAAAAAAAAAAAAAUUGUUGUGCCCUGUCAUAAUGUUACUGAGCAAUCUUAGAUCACCAAGCUACUGGUGGCCGUUGUGGCUUUGUGUGUUAGCCCACACAACCACAUGGUCUCCGGUUCGAAGCUUUGGUACUCUCUCUCUCUCUCUCUCUCUCUUCCACCUCCAAUCCACUCCUCCAAGCAAACGAAUGCUUCAUCCCGGGUAUGGAUCAGUACUCGGGUCGGGUUAAUUGCAUCAAAUGAGGUAUUGCAAAAUAACCUCCUCUUUUUUUUUUAUAAACAAUUACUGUUUUACUGGAGUGGAUAAUGACGAUGAUUAAAUAGUUAAUUACCACCCGGCAUUCAUUCAAGUCAAAACGAUUUGGUUAGAAAAACAAAGAGUCUUCCUCCUCUGUCUGCCGCCAUUCAAGGAAAAGACUUGUGGGGAAGUGUACUAACUAAACCACCUGCUACGUCGUUGCAUGUAGGAGAAUGAGAGUGAGCUUCUCAAAGCUCUGCUUUUGAGAGCGACCAUUAACCGACCUCUGUUUUUUUGAUUGGGUGGGUGGGGGCCCGUAAUUGGUGCAGACAUGUUCUCCUCCUUUUCCAUAAGUUAAUGUACAGGUCGUGCAAUUAGGUGAAGAGCGCAGAGCAGCAGAAGGUGGACAUUUUUGUGGGAAUUCUAUGUUGGUUGGAGAUGGCAGGGGAGUGUUGGGUUACCCUACAAGGACUGCCAUCUCGAAACAGAGGAUUUGGAUGGUGGAGAAUACUCUUUUGUUUUCUUGUUCAAGAAGAGACUGCAGAGGUUUGAGGGAUGAUGGAUGGAGUGAAAGAGAUUUGGACCACGGACAUGGCGGGGGAGAGAACGUUGGUUCUUUCCUAACCAGUAUUGAGGGCGUUAGGUGUUGUAUAUACGAGGCUUAUGUUAGUAGCCUGGUGUUCUGGUUGAGAGUGAUCUCCAAAGGGAGUGUUCAAGAUACAUAUACAUGAAUCCCUCUUAGCCUGGUGUUCACGUUAUUUCCCUCAAAAUUCGCUCGUUGUAACAGAGUGAAAUCAAAUUUCAACGGUCAUUUGGCUAUCCAUCGUCGUUUUGUCCUCGUCACAUAAGCAAUGCCGCUGCGCUGUCGUUUUACCAUCACAGAAGAAAUUCUACUUGCUCCGCUGCGUUUUAUCCUUGCUCACUGAAGACGCAGUCGAUGCGCUGCCGUUUCUUUCUUUCUUCUUUAAGCUGUACUUUCUUUUACUCCAAGUCAGACUUGGUUUCCCUUCCAAGCUACCAAACAAUGUCCAUGGAAGCUUGUCUGUUUGUACGUUUUGCUGAGCCUAUAAGAGGCGGAUUUGAUGAAUGAGAAAGCAAGAACUAGGUUUUCAGUCUCUCCAUCUUGUUCCUUUGUUACGUUGUUAACUUUAUGAGCAAUUACAUAGGUUGCGCGAAAUCCCCAGAAAACAUGUCUUUUCCAAAUACAACUCGCACACUAACAUAUCCAAAUACCUAAUUGAAACAAAAUGGUAAUGCAUGGUCUUAACAUGUGUUGAUAAACCUAGAAAGGAACA